AUGUCUAUAACUUUCAUAUCUCCUCUUCUGACAGUGUCUCCUGCCAGUGCUGUAUCAGAGCCUAGCUGUGAUGUAAUCAGUAAGGCCCAGAAGCUUCAAGAUGAAGCUGAGCGGAGUUGGGCUCUGAGCCAGGCCUGUGCGUACUAUCAGCAUCGCUGCCCACCUGGUGAACUGGACAAGGAGAGCUGCAUCAGGAUCAUGGGUGAGAGUUGCAGUGCCCGUGUCCUCCAGUGCAGCCUGCUUAGCACAAUGCAGAACCUGGAACCGGCAACACAGACGCAUGCACAGGCAGUGUGUGGUCAGAGGUCAUCCACGGUGCAAAACAUUACACAGCCUCGCUCCCGGAUUGUGGGCGGCUCUCCUGCUCCUCCAGGCAGCUGGCCCUGGCUGGUCAACCUUCAGCUAGAUGGUGGUCUGAUGUGUGGAGGAGUUCUGGUGGACAGCUCCUGGGUGGUCACUGCUGCUCAUUGUUUUGCUGGCAGCCGUAGUGAGAGCUACUGGACCGCCGUGGUAGGGGAGUUCGACAUCACCAAGACUGACCCUGAUGAGCAAGUUCUUAAAGUAAACCGCAUCAUUCCUCAUCCUAAGUUCAACCCAAAGACGUUUAACAACGAUAUAGCCCUGGUGGAGCUGACAUCCCCAGUGGUCCUGUCCAACCGUGUCACCCCAGUGUGUCUCCCCUCUAGCAUGGAGCCCCCUACUGGCAGUCCAUGUCUGGUGGCAGGCUGGGGCUCCCUCUAUGAGGAUGGCCCAUCUGCUGACGUGGUAAUGGAGGCCAAGGUGCCUUUACUGCCUCAGAGUACCUGUAAGAGUGCACUUGGCAAAGAACUGGUCACCAACACUAUGUUGUGUGCUGGCUAUCUCUCUGGAGGCAUAGACUCCUGUCAGGGAGAUUCUGGAGGCCCCCUGAUCUACCAGGACCGAAUUUCAGGUCGGUUCCAGCUUCACGGCAUUACUUCCUGGGGAGAUGGCUGUGGGGAGAAGGGCAAGCCAGGAGUCUACACACGAGUGUCUGCUUUCUCUGACUGGAUUCAGGCUGAGAUACAAAAGACAUUUGGAAGCAGGGAGCCCACAUGUCCAGAGCUUCUGAAGACAACAGAAAUGACAGAGGAGGAACAGAAAUCUGAGUUCAGCUCUCUCUGUCGUUUCUAUACCUUGACCUGCCCCCCUGAUCAGUCUGCCAGUGCUUGCAGCCAAAUGGCCGAGAACAAGUGCCUCACCCGCUUCAAAAAAUGUCAGUUGCGUUCCUUCCUGCAGACCCUGUUGGACUUGCUACAGAGGGCAGAGGACUACAUCAGGGACAAAGUGGACUUGACCUUCUUCACCCAGACUUUGCCACAGCUGGUAGAGCACAUCUACAGCACUGCUUUUACCCACACAAGAGAGAGGAGGGACCUGAGCCUGAGCCACGGUCUCACACAGAUUGAAGAACAGCUAGGUGGAGCUGUGGUGCCAACAGAGGAGGGUCCUUCUCCAGCACGUCCAGCCUUAUUCAGAGAAGUGGGACCCUCAGUGGAUGACUGGGAGAAAUAUCUGAGAAACAUGGCGGAGGACCUGGACAAACAACACGCUGACACAUCCUUAGACAUUUCCUCUGCACCAACAAGACAGGAGAACCACCUUUUCUUACAGACAGAGGAUUCGUCAGUGCAUGAGCUGGAGGGAGAAUUUCGAUCUGUAAUCUCGGCUCUGCACUCCAAAUUGGACUCCCGAGCUGCUCCUCCUAUUCUGCACUUGGACACGUUCUAUCUCCAGGAGGAGUCUCCCAACAGUCCCCAUUUUCCUUCUUCUUCUACUGCAGCACUAGACCACAACGAACCCUCCUCCUAUUCCUCCCAGAAAUCCCAGCAGCCGUGGUCACUUCUAAUAGCCCUGAUGAAUGAAUUUCAGAAAUUAAGGACACAAGAUGAAAUCGUGACAGAAGAUGUGUCACAAAGUGAAACCUUGUCUGAUAUAGAUGCUUCUCGUGACAUUGAAUGGACCGCCACUUCUGAGGAUUUUACUUUUGUUGAGAAUGAAGACAGAGCCGAAUUAAAAUCUUCAGCGUUACCGCUUCCUGUGCAGUCAACAACUGUCGUCCAGCCGGUCACUGAGAGUGCUCACACUGAGGCGACUGCUGACCCCAGACAAACCGUACAUGCUGUAAAGACUUUAAGUCUUCACAGGAAAUACAGGAGCCUUCUUCACAAGAGGCAGAUACCUGGGACCAGUGGGAAAAUUUGUCCUGGAGUUAGAGAGUCCUCACAGCAAGUCAGCCAAGUCAGAGACACUUACAGAUGGGUCUUAAACAUCCCACGCAAGAACCUACACAUGAAUUUCCAAGAGGUUUUAGUUGAUCUGAGUUCCAAGAACGAUCGAGGACUUUACCAGGCUCGAGUCAAAGCAACAGUGGGAGGACGUCCUUUGACCUUCUACAGUCUUGUGGGCCUGGAGAAUGAGUCAUUCUACCGCAGUGUGCCAAGGAUCAUUGCUUUGGCACUGGAGGCGCUGAAGACUUAACUUUAUCAUAACAGUAAGAAGAAUAAAAGAAAGACUGAGAGAUGCACAAAGAGACCUGUUUGAAACGCACCAGAAACCCCCUCGUCAUGAGACAGAGAGACGUACAUAAAACGCACACUCGCAAAACUUUUUCUUCCGUCUCCUCUGAAAAUCAUUAUUUUGUUUUCUCAAUCUGAGAGUCUGACUUUGGCUCUGAAUGAAAACACAGCCAUGAAUGUAUCAAUCAAACUAUCGACCACCCAUCAUGCCACAGGACUUUUUUUGUAUGUGGUUGGAGACGCAGCCUUGUCUAACUUAUGAAUCUGUACAAAAUUAUAAGUUAUUCAUGUUGUCUUUUGCAAAGGUUGAGCCUCUUG